AUGGCCUACCGCGUUCAAGGUCUAUUCUUGCCCCCCAACAGUAUGCUACGAAAUUCGGUCGGAUACAGCGAAAACAUCUUCGAUGGCAAGGCCGACCAAAUGCUAAAGGUGUGUGAGUACCUAGAAGAAAAAGGCUUCAUCCCAAAGGAACUCGUAAAAAAUGAGGUCAAAUGGUUUUACGGGAAUCUCGGCAUCGAUGACAUGUACUUUAGCUUAGAAAGCGUAGAAUCUAUUGCCAAUCAUAUAUUGUCACUAUAUGGCGCAAAGAUUUUUGCAUAUACAAAGAAUGAAAACGCCUUGGACAUAAAUCUCGAACGUGAAACUGAUGACGCCGCUGUAUACGUGCACACCUCUCGUCCCGGCGUUUCCGAUUUGCAAGGUCCUCAGCAUGAGAAAAGAAUCGACACCAAAUAUUUGGACAUCAGCUCUACCGCCAAGGCUUAUCGUUUGGAAACUUAUCGUUCCUUGGGAACCGUAUCGGAAUCCAUGAACACUCAGCUUCGUUGUUAUUUCGUGACCAAGUGUGAUUUCGUCAAACUCGAUCCGUCUCCUGAGGAGGAAACGGACAUUCGUCUCGUCGGUGACAAAACCUUCUUGGAAAAGGCCACCGAAAAUACCUUGGAAAUUUACCAAAAUGUCAUGAAGACCGUUCUCAAGAGAACCGGUCCCGUGAUUGAAAUGUUCGAGGUCGAAGGUAGUCGCGAAAGACGUCUCGUCAUUGGUUACAGACAACGCAGCACCCAGUCUUUCUUCUCCGCCAUGUCUGACCUCUAUCAUUUUUACGAUCUUUACUCUACCCGAAAAUACGUUGAGCAAUUUUCAAACGGUGUCACCGUCAUGAGUCUCUACCUCAACCCACUGCCCAAUUCGAAAUCUGCUCCCAUCGAACACACAAUUCAUCAGGUCAUCAAGGAAGCUUCCCUCAUCUACUGUCUGCCCACCACCCCACUACAGUCCUUUUUCAAGACCGGAAAAUUAUCGGUUCAAGAAGCGAUCUAUGGUUACGUGGGUUGGAUCUUUGCCCAGCAUUUCCUCAAUCGUCUGGGCAACGAGUAUGCCAGUCUUGCAAAUGCGAUGGAUCCAAACGAUCCGGUGCACGUGGAAGUUUUAAACAAGAUCAAGAAGCGUUUACGUUCGGACGCAUUCACCCGUGAAUACAUUUUAGACAUUAUCACGCUAUAUCCCGAUUUGAUUCAUUUGCUUUACAUCAACUUUGGCCUCACCCACUACAUUAAUCCGCGUGCCGCCGCCCUCGACGAUGAUGAGCUCUUGGAAAAGAUCAAAAAGACAACCUCUAACCUUCACGAACUCAUGGUGUUUGAAUCCUUCUUGAUUUUCAACAAGCAUGUCCUGAAGACAAACUUUUAUCAGCCAACCAAGGUUGCAUUGGCUUUCCGACUUGACCCCUCCUUCUUGCCCGCCAUCGAAUAUCCCACCAAACUGUUCGGCAUGUUUCUCGUGAUCGGCUCGGAGUUUCGAGGAUUUCACCUAAGGUUCCGCGAUGUGGCUCGUGGCGGCAUUCGCAUAAUUCGAUCGAGAAACAAGGAAUCUUACAGCAUCAACUUGAGAACCUUGUUCGACGAAAAUUAUGCUUUGGCCGCUACUCAACAACGAAAAAACAAAGAUAUUCCUGAGGGUGGUUCCAAAGGUACCAUUCUACUGGACAUCACCCAACAAGACAAAGAUCGUGUGGCCUUUGAGAAAUACGUCGACUCCAUACUUGACCUCCUGAUUGCAGGUCAUACACCCGGAAUCAAGGAGCAAAUUGUUGAUUUGUACCGAAAACCUGAGAUCUUAUUCUUUGGUCCUGACGAGGGAACCGCCAACUUUGUCGAUUGGGCCAGCGCGCACGCCCGAGCCCGAGGUGCACCCUUCUGGAAAGCUUUUACCACCGGCAAGAGUCAGUCCAUGGGUGGCAUACCUCAUGAUCUUUAUGGAAUGACCACACGAUCUGUGCGACAAUAUGUGAUUGGUAUUUACAGGAAACUUGGUCUCAAGGAAGAAAAGAUUACCAAGUUUCAGACCGGCGGACCGGACGGUGAUUUGGGCAGUAAUGAGAUCAAGCUGUCGAAGGAUCAUACAGUUGCUAUCGUCGAUGGCAGUGGUGUCUUGUGCGAUCCGGACGGUAUUGAUCGAACGGAGUUAAAGAGAUUGGCCAAUUCUCGUUUAAUGAUCUCCCAUUUUGACGUUGGCAAGUUGUCGACCAAAGGUUUCAGGGUUUUGGUAGAUCAACAGGGAGUCAAAUUGCCAAAUGGUCAGGUUAUCGAUGAUGGACUGGUGUUCCGUAAUAAUUUCCAUGUGUCGAACCUCGUUUCCGCCGACCUCUUCGUUCCUUGUGGUGGUAGACCUGAGGCCGUGGACCUUAACAAUGUUAACACCUUGUUGGACCUGCAUGGCAAACCGAGGUUCAAAUACAUUGUCGAAGGUGCAAACCUGUUCUUUACGCAAGAAGCUCGUAUUCGAUUGGAACAAGCUGGUGCCAUAAUUUUCAAAGACGCCUCGGCCAACAAAGGUGGU